CCUUUCUAUUUUGUAGAUAAUCACAAAUUUUCAGUGCUUCUAUUAUGAGCAUCCAGAAUGUAGAGGAGGAAAUAAAUUAUAUGAAAGCAGUAGACCUCUUUCAAAAAUGAAACUAGUUGCUUGGAUUUCAUAAUGCAUGUGUUGAACAGAUGAUGGAGAAAAAAGGGUCUUGAUUUACAAUCAAAAAUAAUAGGCAAAAUCCCCUUAAAAAAUCAAAUGAUUAGAACACAGAAUUUGAUAGCAAUUUUUUGCAAAAUAAUGGUUUAAUUGUCAUGCAUCUUAAUAGUCUUCAAUUUAUGUGUUAAGCUCCAAUUCAUGCAAGCACUUCUAGCUGCAGACAUUUAGAUAGAGACAUCCCACUUGAAGAGAAAAUGUAACUUGGUACAGAGGUAACACUUUCAGAUUGUAGGCCAUGUCAGCUGGAAACCUGGUCUCAUCAAAAAAUGCUGUUUCUGUAGCUUUAAAAUGUAUGGCCAUUGUAGUAGAUUGCUAUUUCUUGGGUGCAGAUUUAUUUUGCUCUGUUCCCCUGUCCGUGUGUGAGUGUACAUGCACAAAUGCUGAUGGGAAAUUGAGUAUAAAGUAUUACUCAAUUUAACUGUGUUAACUGUUUUUAAAACAGUAUUUUCUACUGAAAUAACCAAGUAUAUAAAAACUCUUCAUCAUAUGGUUCAUACCUGAUGCUUCAUAAACUUUAAAAUUCAUGUUAAUAGCUAAAGACAAGUUGCUCAAUAAUAAAUAUCCAAUAUUAUCACCAUCAUAACUGUGCUUAUAUAUUGGGAGAGAUAAUUAGGCAGUAGGCAUGCCUCUGAUGAGGUGUAAUACAUUGUUCUGGAAAAAUGGCUAGGCAGCUUUUACUGGGUAAGAAUUGUUGAAAAUACUCUUUGGAAAGACAGCAAAUGUUUUCUGUUUGUGUGUCUGUUGUGUAAUCUCAUUCUUUGAUCGAGUCUGAGGGAAACCAUGUCUCAAGGUUAUUGUGUAAAAAGGCCACAAACUGAGAAACAAGGUAUUAUGUGAAAUCGAGUAUUAUAAGCAGCCAGCAGUAAGGUUCCUUUUCAUAGAAGUUUGCUUGUUUGUUUUUGUUCCUGUGAACAAACUAAAUAUUUGAAUUCUCUGUAGCGAUAUGAAGAAACUUUUGCAAAAUAGUUACCUUCUUACAAUGUAUCUUGUGAUUGCUUUAUCCUAAUUAAAGAAGCAGAGUAGGACUCUUCCUCAGGAGUCCGUUAAUAUCAAUAUUGCCAGGGGUGCUGGGGGCCGGACAAGCAAAUCACUUUGAGAGCACGGUUUAUCAAUUCAGGAGUUCUCUCUCAAGUCAAGAAAUUAGUAGGUGUUUCUAGGCAUAUUGUGUUUUCUUACUAAUGGCUUUUAUUUACAUAGCUGUCUCCUGAAAGGAUAACCUGUGACAAGCAAGGGCAAUAGCUGAAUAUGUAACAUCUCUCACACGCAGCUGUUAGUUCUAUGUAGACUUGAGAACAAGAGCAGAAAAAAUAAUUUAGAAUUUUCCUGCUUUUUCAGAUUCCUCUUCAAAAUUGUGAAUACGUCAACGUAGGAAAGUAUUGGUCUUUGUUAGUUAGGUGGCAGUGGCAUUUUAAUACCUGAAAUGACAGCUGAAAUCAGAUUUUGGGUGUGAGAAGAGAGAAUCUUUUCUAAGACUGUUCCUUAUGGCGGUGGGCAAAGAAGAGAAGAGAACCCACUUAAAAAGUAAAUGCUUAAAGAAAAGUAGAAUAAUUUCUAAUUGUGCUACUAGUUUGCUUGCCUUUGCAUUUGUUGUCUAGGUAUAAUGGUCAUAAAAACCCAACACCAUAGCAGGUUGGGAAGCUUUAAAGAUUACACUGGAAGUAUUUUUUUUCCUCUAUUCAGAAGAAGGGAAUUUCUUUACAUUGAAGUUUUUGUCCCAGAGUUUGUUGUUUCUGGUUUUAGACUGGACAGGAGCAGUGUGAGAAGCUUUCAUCUUCUCCACAGACGGCUAUGGAGGAGGGAAGUCUUGGCUGUAAGACUUUGUUCAUGUCCUAGAUGAAGGGCAAGAUGGAGUCCUAGUAAGAUUCCUCCAUCAUUGUUACUUCCAAGGAAGUGUUAAUAUUCCAUAGUUCUGAAGAGACAUAGUGGGCACCAUUAAAUAUUUACAUCUCUUUGCGAAGUCACGCUGAUGCCACCAGGAUAGCGAGCUCUAUAUCACACAUGCUCUAAUUCACCCCAAACACCCACUGUUUACUAAUCUUCAGCCCCCGUCUGUGCUGAUAAUGAGGAAGAGGAAAUGGAAACAGCAGGGAUUACAUGCUACUGAGAAGUCCCAGUUUCCAUGCCUGGUUGUAAUUCUUUCAACAAACUAUUGCUGACUGUGCUCCUGCUUUGAAGUUUGAACACCUCUCUGUUACUGCUGAGCUCUUGUGAUUUGGCAAGCAGAUUUGGGAUUUUUGUAGUUGUUUUAGCAGCCCUGUAUGACUAUGUACUCUUGUGCUCACACAGGUGUUAUGCCCGCUCGAGGUCAGAAGCAGUACGGAUUGUAUUGCCCAAUCACAGGGACGUUAAUAGCUUGUAUUUGCUGGUGACAGGUACCAGAUGGAAAACAUUCUUCACAGAAUCCACUGCUGUUUGUGUGUGCAGAUAUGGCCGUAUCAGUGAGAUAGGUGAGAUUCUAUAUUACAAAUAGUGCCUAUUUUUGUAAGGCCAGUGAUAUGUGUGAGUUUGAAUUGUGGCAUUCAGCAUGCUCCAUUAGUUUGUAUCACCUGGACAAGAAUCAUCAAAUGUGUUGAGAUGUAGCUAUGCCUGUUUCUAAUCUAAAACCUCAGAGCCCCUCAGAACCCCAUAGCUGGCGCAGGACAGUAAAUUAUCUAUGUAAAAGCCCUACAGCCACAACCAUUAACAUCCUGGUGUAGUUCAUCUGUCAGGCCACUGUGCAACUUAUUAUUGCAUUUGGGGUGGUCCUCUUUGGUAAAUCAAACACUGUUUGAUUGAGUCACAAGUGGUGGGGAGUCAAUUUAGAGUCUUAAAAACAACUUUUGCCAUUUACAAUGUUAUGGGCACAUUUUAUUAGUCACCCAGGUGCAUGAAAGGAAGAGGUUCAGGUGGGCUUUCCUCUCAGAAGAUAAAGUGGUUUUGUCUUGCAUGUACGUGAAGUGUGAUUCAGUGUCAGUUACAAGCAGUUGGCUUACCACCUAAUAUAGCUACCAAAAAUCCCAGAGGAGCUACAGUGCUCCAAAAGGUGCCAGUCAGCAGAUUCCUCAUCUGUGACAAGGACAGAGAAGUAAAUGGCUGAUGAAGAGAGGACUUCAGAUGCCUCCCUUCUGCAGUCAGAGCUGACAGAUCCCUUGGUGUUCCUGGUGGCCCAGGAACAGAGAAGCUUACCAGAACAGGCCUUGUGGAGGCUGUGUGGGCUUGGUGAAUCCCCCAGGUAUCACACACCUGCGUGUGCAGUGCCAGUGAAAACCAUGGAGCUGCACUGAGGUGCGCUGGCUGGAGUGACACCCUGGAGGACACUUUGGGCAUGGCUUAAGAAGGAGAUGGCUAGGAGUUGCUCACUGAGAAAAUGCAUUCCCUGCAACUUGAACAAUGUGGAGAGGGGUAUCCGGGGGGAGUAUAGAACUCCAUUUCCCCCAUUGGAGGCUCCAAGCACUGCUCUGGCAUGGUGUAGCACAUGUCAUGAUCCUCACGUAGCAUUAACGUGUUAAAAGUGAUUUUGUAAACAUAGCCCCUUGAAAAAAGGAGCAAUAAGUUCUCUUGUCAGUGACAACUGUUAGCCCAGGAGCUGCUGGGUGAGCAGCUGAAGACGAAUACAAUGAAGCAGUGUGUUGUGAACAAACACAGCAACUUCCUGAACUCUUCAACUUCCCCUCUGUGCCUCUGAAGCCUAGAGUCCGGCAUAUAACAACUCUGAGCGCUCAGUGCCAGAAAGUGCUUAAGCUGCAUGCAUCUCACAGUGCUCUCAAGUGUCUUCCAGUGUAAAUAAUACCCUAAUCUCUCUUUGGCCAGUUGGCCCAAAGUUGUAAGUCGGGGCAGAGCAGGUGCAUCUGUGGACACGUUUGUACAUGUACUCGGACUGCAACCACAGGAGCUCAGAGGUGCAUGCACAAGUAGGAUUCUGUGUGCCCAAAAAUUGUCAUAUGGGAGCACCCGUGUCAUGGAGUAGUCCUUCUUUCACUCAUGUAUUUCCUUUUGUGGGGGUUUCCCCUGCAUAUCUGCAUUUAAAAUACACGUCAUUUGUUAGGCAGAUGUGAUUUGUGCAAUGUGUAGCUGCAGUAGGUCCUUAAAUUUGAAGUGCUUGUACUGGAAAACCUUGUUAUGGUAGACAGACAUUCUCCUUUCUGGAGUUUGUCCCUCCAUGUUCAUCUGUAUCUUCUAUGGUAUCUGCCAGCUUGUAGGGCAGUUGGGAUUGUCAGUGGUUGUUGUAGCACAAGUGCAGAUCUUGGCAGCCUGUGAAGUCCCUCUGCAUGUUGCUGUCUCUUUGCCACAGCUUGCUCCUCCCACCUCUCUGCGGGGAGGAGGAUUCCUGCAAGCCAUUCCCUCUCAUUUUCCAUCGGAACUAGUCAUGUUAACCACAAACAGAAGGAAUUUGAGCUCAUUUGACUUGUUUGGUUGAAGCAAGAAGCCUGUGGGGAGUGGACCUGGAGGUGACCCCUGGUUGGUGUUCAUCGGAGGCCGCUCACAACAACCAGGUCUUCAUCUAGUGCAGUUGAAUUUAGAAGAUGUCGUUUUCAGUGGAAAUCUUGUCAUGCACUUAGAAAUUGUGUAAAAUGCACCAAACAGCAUGCACAGAAGCAUCCUGUGUUGGUUUGCUCUGGGCUUCUCUGCGUAAGCUCUGGGUUUGCGUUGUAGUCUGGUGGCAUUGCAGCCAGUUUUGUGCCAGCAGUUGUUCCCUGCUGACUGACAGUGAUGAUUCCAUGGAUUAAAAAGAAAAAUCAAAGUGUUAAUUUCUGAAGGCUACUGACUAUUACAGCUCUGUAAAUUUACUCAUCUGAUCCAUGAGUUUACCAUCCAUCCUUUCAUGACCUAUGUUCAAGCCCAUUUGUCCCAUUCUAAAAUGACAGUAUGUGGAUACAUAGUGCUGAGAAGAGAAUCUUUGCUCUUCCAAAGUCAUAAACCCUUUCCCAUAGGACUGAAACUCCUAUGAAAAUUGUUUGCCGUGUUCUAACGAAAAAUAUUUCUAAAAAUUUACACUAAGUGCAACUAUUCAAAGUAGAUACAUCAAUACUUUUCCCACUUGACAGCCUGGUAAAUGAAUGCCUUGAACUAAAAUUUCCCAUGCAUUCAGUGUAAUUACAUUCUCCACUGUUGCAUUUUUUUCCUCUUUAAAAAGAGAGAGAUGGGAGUUGAACAUACUGUAAUAGAAUCACGUUUAGGAUUUGGUAUUAAUACACAAAAGUAGUACAAAAAGGGCCAUUGAGUCGUGUAGUGACUCAGAAGGAAACGGAGGAGGGCUCUUUCUGCGUAUGUACAAAUGUCAGUGGUUCAACAUGUCAUGGGAGCAGAAGUCUUUUAAAACAUGCUGUAGGAGACAGCUUCUUCAUUGGGCUUCAAAAAGUAAAUGAAGCAAGUCUAGCAAGGUGCAGUGAGGAAGCGCAGGGUCACGUGCUGCUCUACAGGAAACGAGAUUGAAGCGACUGGGGAAGUUCAGAGCUCCGUGACCUCCACCAAAUUCUAAUAGCACAGGAGUGUACAGCCUGGGAAAUGUUCCUGUGAUCUAAUUAGCUUCAGCAGGUGCAUUCUGGAGUGAAUUUGUCAGGCCUCGUGUUCUGUCCAAGCAUCUCUCCAGCUUCUGAGGAGAUUUCUUAGCAAGAUCAGCUGGAGCUCAGCCUUCCACCAUGCCUGUGCCUCCCCCACCUGCACCCCCGCCGCCACCAACACUGGCCUUGGCAAAUACUGAAAAACCAACUCUAAGCAGGUCAGAACAGGCAGGGCGAAAUGCUCUAUUAUCUGAUAUCACCAAAGGAAAAAAGCUAAAGAAGACUGUUACUAAUGACAGAAGUGCUCCAAUUCUAGACAAACCCAAGGGAAGCAGUGGAGGUGGCGGUGGCUUUGGAGGAGGUGGCAGUGGCAGUGGUGGGGGUUUUGGUGCUGGCAGCGGUGGUGGCGGCUUCAGUGGUGGUGGACCACCUGGCCUAGGAGGCCUUUUUCAAGCAGGAAUGCCAAAGCUCAGAUCUGCUGCGAGUCGAGAUGCUGAUGCUGGGGCAGCCCGCCCACCCGCACUGCCGCCUGGAGCCCGCUCUGCAGCUGCCAAGCCAUUCUCAGCACCGAGCGGCCCACCUCGCUUCCCAGGGCCACCGCUGGGGCAGCGGAGCCCAGCUGCUGACCCACAAAGGAGCCGCCUGCCGCCACCCAGGCCCGAUGUGGGUUCUAAGCCUGAUGCCACACCGCCACCGGUGCCCAGCACGCCCCGGCCCAUUGCCUCCAAUCUGCACAGCCGAGGUUCGACGCCAGUGCCUGUCCUCAACCGCCAGCCCAGCCUGGGGCCGACGCCACCGCCAUUCCCGGGCAGCCGAGGCGCAGGGUCAGCUGGCUCCCUGCGGCAGCCCAGCCCAGGCCCAGCAGCCCCCUACUCGGGCAGACCACCACUGCCACCCACACCCGGCCGCUCACCAGUGGAUGAGAAGCCGCCGCCGCCGCCACCUCCUUCUGGGCACCGGCCACCUGCCAGCCGGGACAUGGCCCUGCCGCCGCCACCACCGCAGAACAACAAGCCGCCCGUGCCCGCUUCACCGCGGCCACCCCUCGGAGUUCCUGCGCCCCCGCCACCCCCCAGCAGGCCAGGGCCGCCCCCCGUGCCCCCUGGUCCCGCCAGCAGUGAUGAAAUGCCACGACUGCCCCAGAGGAACCUGUCCCUGGUGCCCCCUGCUGCGCCCAGCUCUGGGGGCGGCCGCUCCGGACCUUUGCCACCACCGCCCAGCGAGAGGCCCCCUCCGCCCAUCAGGGAUCCCCCCAGCCGAGCAGGCCCCCUGCCACCACCACCUCCCAUCAGCAGGAAUGGAAGCACCUCAAGGGCUUUACCUGCUGCUCCCCAGCUGCCUUCCCGGGCUGGGUUGGAGAACCAGAGAGGUGGGCCCCGACCACCGCUUCCCCCAGAUCGGCCGGGGACAAGCGCACCACCACCACCACCGCCGCCUUCAUCAGCACUCCGGAACGGCUUCCAGGACUCAGGCGAUGAUGAGUGGGAAAGCAGAUUUUCUUUUCAUCCUAUAUCUGAUUUGCCACCUCCAGAGCCAUAUGUACCUGUGAAUAGAAGUUAUCCCAGUAAACUAGCAAGAAAUGAAAACCGAGGAGGCUCUGGUCGAAAAGAAAGAGGUGUCCCCCCUCUUCCCCCUAUACCAAGGUGAAGUGGGUUCUGGCCCUUUUUUGGGCGACAUCUGUUUUACGAGGUUUCCUUCAAGUCAGCUCUCCUGUCCACGUUGUUGGAAAGUUGUCUGUUUUGCUCUGUUUCCACUUUUGGCUUGUCAGCUGGAAUAAACUUCAGUCUAUUACAAAAGUAAUAGACAAAGCUUAUGAACUAUAGUUGCUCAAAGCUAUAAAUUUUGUUCGCUUAUACUGCAGGCUGUCCUGAAAGGCAUUUUAUGGACCAUGCCUGACAUACAUGCAUCAUGCUUACCGGGUCCAGCCCUGUCCUCUUGAGAGUUCCACAGAGGUCUGGCUUUGAAUUUAAUGAGAGCUAGAACAAAGCUGUUUCAUUCAUGUGGGGUACAGUGGCUGUAUUAUUUGAUCAAUCAAAUACAAUCUGUUUGCUGUUUAUAAACCAACUGCCAGGGAAUACUGUAUAGCUGAGAAUCCCCUGGAGCCUUCUUUGUUUGCCUGACCUGGUCCAUCUGCUUCUGCGAGCCAUACUCCUACUACAUGGGAACCAAAAGUUUAUCUUAAAUCUUUUCACCUCAGCUUAGUCAAGUAAUUUUGUAAUUUUCUAUACAAUAGAUAGCACGUCCUGUCCUGAGGAUGGAGUGUGUCUGGCCUUAUUUUCAUCUGCAGAGAAUCUUCCAAAAAAGAGCACAAGUGAAGAAUUUGGCAGCACAAAAAUAUCUUUUUUCACACCUUUUUUCCUUGUUUUGUAAUAACAUUACAGUUUUAAUCACUUUGUGCUUUUCUACUUUGAUGUGGACUAUCCUACAGUCAUCCGUGUCCUGGAUUAUUGCAGCGCACUCUUCCUGAGACUACCUGCAGAGAAUUCUUCAAAAGUAGUCUUAGUGGAAAUGCAGCAGUUAUUGUAAUUUUUCUUUCUGUAAAACAUUUCUAACACCAGUGCUCCACAGACUGCUUUCCAUUUGUUUCUUUGGUACAAUUAAAUGAUGGGUUUUUAAUUUAAAAAAUUUCCUGAGGCUCGAGUGACAGUCUCAGAGAGAUUGUAGCUGACUCAUGUAACAGCAGAGCAGCUGAGGUCAAAAAUGUGCAUAGGUGGAAGCUCUUUGAUGUCAUGAAGGAGGUCUGGGGUUAGUGUGUUCAAGUGGGAGCACGAGCUCCAAAAUUUGCUAUCUGCACUGGUUCAAGAGGAUGGGAAGAUUUGGCCUUCUGAGUUUACCAUGAAGCCUGUUCUUUCAACCUCCACUGAAGGACGCCUCAGCAGAGAGCCGUGAGACUUAUGCUGAUAGAAGAAAGAGAAAAGUAUUCUGACGUUGUGACAAUCAGUUUGUAUGUUUAAUGGCUUUUGAAUUUUGUGUUUGAGAAAAGAGUUCAUCGAAUGAUCGUGUUUUGUAAAAGGAUCCAAAUGCAUGUAAAAUGCCUUUGAAAAUUUGAGGAAGGUUUUAAUUCUGAAUUUUUGAAUAUUGCCAAAUCAUAGCUCUUUGUUAAUUGGACUUCUGAAGUUUAACCCUGAAAAAUUUCUCCUCUGUCUCCUCAGCAGCAUGCUUCUUGGGACCCCUACAAAGCCUAUACCAGCAACCAUGUUCACUGGGUAAAAAAAAAAAUAAAAAAGUUAUGUUAGUUAAGAAGGUGUUUCUCUAGUGUGAGAGACAUGAACCUAAGCUGAGGCUAGAAUGAAGUUAGCCCUAGAAAAUCCAGGGAAUGUAUCUGAAGAGAGCUUGAACCCCACUGCAGUGUCUGCAUGUGGGGCUUCUUGCCUGUCAGUGGGCUUGGAGGGGCAGACUGCCUCUGUCCCACCACUGGGACAGUCACCAUGACAAGGCAGAGCUGGGUGCGGCCACAUCAACAUAACUUCCUGGCCUUCUUGGUAUUUGUUUACAAAAUCUUGUUAGCUGUGAUAGCAUUUGAUUACAUACAGGUUUUUACAUUUUUGUAUCUAAUGACAUAUUUUCAGUUACUAUCUACAGUCUUGAACCUGCAAUUGAGUGCGCAGGCGCAGGGAUGUAUCUACAUCAAGUUGCAGGGUCGUGGCUGUUAGAGUUUCUUAUAGAAGUAUUAAUGGGACCUCCAUGUGACAGGUGCACCUUGAGAUCAAGCCUAGCUCAGUACUGCAUUUCUAUGUAUUUUAUGGAUGUCACUUAAACGUGUGCACUAUGCAAAGUGCCUGUCUCUUUGGCUUAUUGUUAUGUGAAUAGAAGUCCAAAUAAGAUUUUUAGGAUAGUAACUUAAAGGAUAAAUUAUUGUAUUCAUGUUAUUAAACUGAAGCACUUACAACUUUGAGGAGCAACGUUCCGAAUUUAAGAAUACAAUAUUUUUGAUACAUUGACCUGCAAAUCUUUAAUAUCCAAACAGCUAUGCAGCCAAAAAAAACUAGAAAAAAUAAAAUCCAAGAGCUGUACUGUGUCUUGUAACUUACCUGUUUCCAGUAUGUCUGUUUUACUUCAAGUAAAAUGCUGCAGAUUGUUCUGCCAUUCCUCUGCAUCAUUCAGAAUAUCCCGUAUUUGAUCUUUUCAGUAAGGUUCGCUGACCAGAAAGUCUGGACCUUAACCAGUGACUUGGCAAGUCAGAUUCAGUCUCACUUACAAUGGCUGCGUAGAAGGCCCUGUCAACAAGCUGAUGAACCCAAGGUGCCUGUUGAUUUCAUCACUUCCUUGUACUGUAGAAACCUCCUCAGAACAGCUGUUUGGCAUAUAUGUAAAGUACCUUAAAAAUGCAGAAAGAGGUAUUUUUUCACCUAGCAACAAACUUGACUAUUUGUAUCUUUUGCAGUAAAAUUCCCUAGUAUAAUCCAGAACAAUGCAGCAUUUUAUCUUCCAUAUAUCGCUUCACAUAUCAAUAGCUUUUUACAGUAUGAGCAGUAUUAAAGUAUUUAUUUCACUAUGAAGUCUUAAAAAGAAAAAGGAUACAGAACAGGUUGAUCCAGUGGUGCCUUAUGACUUUUUUAGUCAACUUUCUGUGUUUCACAAGACAAAUGAAGUCGUCGUUCUUGCGCAUCCCAACGUCAACAGCGCUGAUAGCAGCGUUGCACAGUGCUGCGCCAAGUUCUGCUGCUGGUGUGUGCUCAGUCUGCUAACUUGAGUGAGCUGAAUGUGUGGAGAGGUGUGGGUCAGCUUCCAGUUGAGACAUGGUGGCACUGGUGCCAUUGCUGGCAUUGCUCUGGAAACCUCCCCUUCUCCAGGCAGCCCAGCUGCCUUCAGCAUGUUUGCCUGGCGUUAAAGGACUAAGCUGGGUUCGCUGCUUGCAUCUGACAGUUACUGAUUUUGUUUUAAUGACGUUGUCUUAAUAACAUUCACACCUCAAAGCUUUUUUAUGCCGUCACCAAGACUUGCAUUGCAUGUCAGUGGCCAUGAAUGUUCAUUUUUGUUUAAUUUGACAAAGUAAAUAAAAUGAGAAUAACUUUUGUAGUAAUUUCUGCUCAGUAUUUCUGUAAGGAAACACAAGCUGUCUGCUCUGACUUUGUGCAGCAGCUGCAGGGAGAAAAGGUCCCAGUGAUUUGUGUUCAGAGUUGUUGAAGGAAGCUCAGCUUGCGGCGCAGGAAGCAUGUAUUUCUGUAAAUGAACCACUUCUUGAAUAAGGUUGCAAGGUUCUCAUUGAGAAGCCACCAUUUCCCAGCACCAAAAGAGUCAUAAAAAUUUUUCUUUUCUGCAAGACUGAGCUAUUAGGGAAGUUGCUUCAGUUGCCAUUUUAGAAGGAGAGCAGCAGUUCAUCCUUGCAGCACUGACUGCUUCCAUGUCAGUUGUACGAGCAGUUCUCUGCUGGAGAGCAGAGCUGCUGUCGUGGUUCACGUAGUUUGCAAGACAACUUUUUCUGUGCUGGAACACAUAAGUAGGAAGGGUGCAUUUACCCUUGGAUGCAAAAAGUGGAGUUGGAUGAUCAAAGUGGUGUUGUUUCAAGCAGAAUGUUGGCUGCCAGGAGAGGGGAGCUGGGGAGAAGUGUACCCAUGGAGGAUAAGCCAGUUGGCUGGAUGUGGGCACUCGUAUGAAAGCACCGAGCCAGGUGUAAGCUGUGUGAGGUUGUGAAUGCUGUCUGCCAGUGCACUCAGCCUGUCACUGCGGUACUUCGAGUCUGUACAGUGUGUCUUGGAUGAACUUUAACCUUUCUGAUUGUACUCACCAGAAAAAAAGGGAGAAUCUCUUACUGGAGGUGCUCAGUAAGACACGAAGAGUGGCUCGUGAAAAGCUCUGUAUGUCCCUAAGGGAACGCAGGGUUGCUCAGCCUGCCUGGUGGCACUGCUACCAGUUAUGAACAGAGCGCUGGAAAUGUGGGGAGUGCUGAGGGAAACCGAGAGGGCUGCACGCCCUGGGCAAGGGAGUGGCAUGUUGGCGUGCUGACGUUUUGUAAUUUGUGAUACAAGUUCUGUAGCAUAAACUCGUACGUGAUAAGAAGGCACUCUAAGUUUGGACUCAAAGUCACACAGGGCUAUAAAAGAGAAACAUAACUUCCAGUGCAGGCUGAGCAAAAAGUAACACAUUUUUUUUUCAGGCGCUUACAGUUGGAACUUUUAUAAAAUAUUAAUCGAGUUCUGUGAAAUUUUUCUGCUUAACAUUUAUCUUGUAUGUGAUUUUUUUUUUUCUCCUUAUUUUUCUAUCCUAUGCCAAAUAAAUUUUACUUUUAUUUA